AUGUCAAGUGCCUUCGCAGUCAAUUACGAUUCCCUCAUCUGCAUAUGGUCAGAAACUGGAGUGCUCCGGAGAAAAAUAACAGCUCACGGUGGAGCGCCAGUCUGGAGCAUCGACAUCUCCCCGGACAGAUCAACUUUAAUUACAGGUGGUGGUGACGGUGGUCUCAACACCUGGUCCCUCUCCAACUCCUCUCCGAUCCUAUCCCACAGGUUCACGUACCAAAAGAAAACCCCGAAAUUCGUGACUUACAUGCACUCAGGAGCCCUCGCAGUGUUCAUGGACGGGGGAGAUCUCCUCUAUUAUAAUCAGACCCAUCAACACUCCCCACCGACGACGAUGAUAGUCCUUCGGAGGUUGAGUAGCUACUGCCUGAUGCACAUCUCCCCUGACAGAAAAAAAUUGGCGUUCGCAUCGCAAGACGGUCACGUCAUAAUUUUCCAAGAGGAAUUAACCGGAGAAAAAAAUCAUCCCAGUCUCCAGGAGGUACUGGACCAAAAAAUAAUCGACUCGAAGAUCUUCUCCCUCCAGUGGCUCUCCGGUGCGUCUCUUCUGGUCUGCGGACCCAGGGGGGCCCUGAAGCUCCUGAAUUUCAAGGGAAACCAUUUGGAAAUUCAGGCGGAAUUUACACUUCCACUGAGUAAAGAGUGCUGGACGACAUCAGCACUCAUCUGCUCGAGUCUUCUUGUCUGUGGUGAUCGCACAGGGAACAUCAUCGUCUAUCGGGUCAACCCGAGCCCCUCGAAGAUGCCACGACAGAUACUCCAGAGGAUCCACGGACGACUGGGGGUCCAGUCUCUUGGGAUUUCUGGGGAUAAGAUCCUCAGCACUGGGAGGGAUGGGACUCUGAGAUAUCACAGGCUCCUGGAAGAUGACUCUGGGGAGCACUUGGAGCCCCUCCACUGGAAGAAAAUGCCGAUGGAGUGGGUCAGCCGAUCUCUGAGGACUGAUGACGACGUCUACGUCCUGGGGUUCAAGGAGAUUGAAUUCAUGAUUUACAGCACUCGUCUCGAGAGACUGCUCCUGAGGAUGAUCUGCGGGGGUGGGCACAGGUCGUGGGACUGCCUCUUUAAUGAUGGGGAAAUUAAUUUUGUUUGUAUAAAAGAUAAACAGGUGCACACGACGGAGAAUUUGUCAAUCAAAUCCAGCAAUUCGAUAAUCCCGGGACUUCACUCGAAGGAGAUUCAUUCCCUGGGGGUUCUGGGUACCUCCUCCAGGCACCGGGUGAUCCUGACAGGAAGUGAAGACUGCAGCAUUCGUGUCAGUGUUUUGGAGAGGAGAUCGAGGGGUUUUGAGAUCGUACCACUGGAUGUCUACGACGGACACAUUUCGAGUAUUAAAACGAUCGAAAUUUUGGAUCUGAAUUUAAAUAGCUGCGAGGAAACAGAAAUUCUUUCAAGGAGUUUAGUCUUCUCCGGGGGUGGCAGGGCACAGCUGAAGGUCUGGGAGGUCCGAGUGGAUUUCACGAAGGAGAUCAUCACGAGGGAUGACGUCGUGGGAAUGCAACUGACGUCUUUUAUGCUCCGGGGAACGGAUAGGGAUCGACGAAAAUUCCCCAAUUCUGGGACUUCCUAUUUUCUAGAUCCUGAGACUCGUUUUAUGGACAUUUCUGCGCAGUUCUGUCGGUGGGACAAAAAUAUCGUAAUUCUCUUCGUUGCGUGUUCUGAUGGGUUCAUCAGGGUGAUUUUUUAUGAUGUUGAGAAGAAGAUUGCGAGUCUCUUGGUGGAGAUUUCGUACUAUAAUCGUUGUGUUCUGAAGGUUCACUCGUUUGAGAUUGAAGGGGGAAUGAUUCUGGUGUCUAUGGCUACUGAUGGAUUUAUUAAUCUCUGGGAUGGGGAUUUUAUUGUACGUGGUGCACUGGAGGAUGGGACCGCUGGGGAAGGGCUCGAGCCUUUUGGCAGGUGGAGGGCCCACCAGUCUGGAAUAAAUAGUUACGAUUUUAGGGAGGAUGGGACGGUUUUUUUCAUUGUCUCUGGUGGGGAUGACAAUAAAGUGAGUUUUUCUGUGUUCGAGGUCUUUGGAGAUUGUCAAAAGAGAGAGGUCAGGACCAAGGGCUUUUGGGAGUCCUCUGACACACAUUCUGCACAGAUCACAGGUGCCAGGUUCAUACCUAACGAUCAAUUAUUGACAACUGCGAUUGAUCAAAGAGUUGUUCUCUACGAUUACAAUUAUUCGAACGAGAAACUAUCGGUGGCACCAAUAAAAAUCAUCCAAACGUUUGUAUCAGACUUGCAGGGAUUGACUGUAUGUCAUAAUCCAGAAAAUUGUGAUGAAACAUUAGCAUUUGUUUAUGGACAAGGCGUUGAAGUUUUACUCCAUGAACACAAAGCUUAUAAUUAGGAGGAGUUGAGUAAUUGUAAAUCAU